AUAAAAAAUUGUCUCUAGAGAUAUGGGAAGGGGCACGUGAGAAGUUGGCUCUCUGAUCCGGAUCCUCAACAGAGUAACUCCUUUCCAUCCAAGCUCUACAAAUUUUAGGGUUUCCACUGGAGAAUCCAGCAAGGGUGAAUCAGUAAACAGAUUAUUUGAUAAAUUAAAUAAUAGUAAAAUAAAAAGGCGGAGAAAUCAGUUAUUGUCUGAGAAUCCCACUGAAGGUCGAUCUACUUCAAUGGAUACUUGUGUAACGCAGACGACGUCUCUGCCUCCGGAAGAGGAAGAAGAAAACGAUGAUGAGUGGGACACUGAUGGGUUUGUGAUUCCAAGCUUGGAGAUUAAACAAGAGAAUGUUAAUGAGUCAGAAGCUGAUACAUCAAAACCUUCUUCUCCUAAAGUCAAUAUUAAAGCUGAAGAUAACAUCUACCUAGGACCGCAUGGAGGUGCUCCUCCCUCGCAGCUGCAAGACGGUAACGCAUCGAGCAGGAAGCAGCGGUUUAAGCAGAAACUCAAGGAAGCAGACCAGAAAAUGAAUGCCUCUGGUCGAGAAAACAAAGUGGCUAACUUGAGAGAGCUUGUAGGCGGCGUCGAGAAAGGAAGUAACGUUUCAAAAGAUGUUUCAAGAGACUGGCUUGACCCACAUUGCCAUGAGUCUGAGUUCGAGAAACGUCAACAACUCUUGUUCUUAAGGAGUUCCAUAUCAGAUCAAUAGCAAGAUCCUAUUUGCUUAGACAGUGUGUAUACGUGUAAAAAUCCACUCAAGACAUCACAAAACAGUUAUAGAGUGAGUCUAUGGCAUUACGGUACAAAAACACAAACAGAAACAAACAACACUUUUAAAAGAAAACUGUUCACUCUCUUUUCCUUCUUGUAGUUGCUUGCAUACAUGUAUGUAACUUAACAAAAAGAUUCUGCUUCGUCUCCAGGAAAUGAUGAUAAUGAAUACUUUACCUUUGGGCCUGAGCUAGAACGAUGUCAGAGUUGGUCAGGUUUCCAGAUUCAUCGUAAUCGAGGUUCUCAAACUCUUCCAUGAUCCCAGCUACAUCUUUCUCAUCAAUCUUCCCCAUUUCUUUCAGCUUAUAUACAAUAAACUCUGCAGCUCUGAAACACACACAAAAGACAAAGAUAAGAAGAAGAAAA